CACUUCCCCGGCCUAGGACCUGGACUUGCAGCUGGCCGUUUCCAGGGCUCAGCGUGGUGCCAGGACAGGCAUGGAGCCUGCCUUAGCCCCCACUCCCCGCUGCACUGCUGACAGGGAGCCACCCGAGAUAAGCUCACGUCCCAACCCCCAGGCCUGAUCCCCCUCCUGCACCCUGAACCCCUCAUUUCUGGCCCCACCCCAGAGCCCACACCCUCACUUAGAGCCCUUACCCCCGCCCGCACUGCCCCCUCCUGCCCCCUUUAUCCCCAGCCCCACCCCGGUGAAAGCGAGGGCGGGUGGGGGAAUGUCGUGAGCGGGGUCGGGGCCCCCGGAAAGGGGCGGGACAGGGCUGUUCGGUUUCGCGGGGUUAGAAAGUUGGCACCUCGCCCUGCCGCCUCCCUGUGGGACUGGCUGCCCCGAGGGAGCAAACGCCAGCGGGCGCACCCGAGGCAGCCCGAGCGUGCGCGGCGCGUGACAUGGCUCGGAGCGGGGGGGCGGGCCCGCCCCCAGCGCUUGUGAGUGCCUGGGGCUGGCCGCGCGGGGACAUGGCGGCUGGGAGGGACCCCCCGCAGCUGUUGGUAUCCCUGCUGGGGGAGGGCGCGAGAGGGCUCGGAACUGGGCGCAGCGUUGUCCGCCCCCGCGCAGGGCGGGGCUUGCAAGGCGCCCACAGCCGUGAACUCCCCUCACCACCGCAGCGGCGCACAGGACCAGCCAGCAGAACUACAAUCCCCACAACCCCCCGGGGCAGAGGUGGCGGUGACGUCACCCCGCACCCCUCCGGCUGGCGCCGGGGCCCGGCGCCGCUAUUCGUGGAGGGGUCUGCGUCGGCCUCGCGCUCAGCCGAGCGGAGCGGCAGGAGCAUAGAGCGCGGCGUCUGGCGGCGCAGAGCGGCGCCGCUCCGCCCCACUCCACCCGCCCCGCCCGCCCCCAGUAAACAGUCGCUAACAUGGCGGCUCGGAGGCCUCGCUCCGCCUCGGAGCACGACAGUGAAGAUGAUUCGUAUGAAGUAUUGGAUUUAACAGACUAUGCAAGGCGUCACCAUUGGUGGAAUCGUGUGUUUGGCCGAAAUUCUGGGCCAAUUGUAGAAAAGUAUUCUGUAGCCACUCAGAUUGUAAUGGGCGGAGUGACUGGUUGGUGUGCAGGAUUUUUGUUCCAGAAAGUUGGAAAACUUGCAGCAACUGCAGUAGGUGGUGGAUUUCUUCUACUUCAGAUUGCCAGUCAUAGUGGGUAUGUGCAAGUUGACUGGAAGAGAGUUGAAAAAGAUGUAAACAAAGCAAAAAGACAGAUAAAAAAACGUGCGAACAGGGCAGCACCUGAAAUCAGCACCCUCAUUGAAGAGUCAACAGAAUUUAUCAAACAGAAUAUAGUAGUAUCCAGUGGAUUUGUUGGAGGCUUUUUGUUAGGACUUGCAUCUUAAGGACCUGAAUUUGUCUUCCUGAUGGCAUCAACCACAACAAAGAACAGUAGUAGUGAUUAGUGCACUGUCUUAAAGCAGUGUGGGUCACUGAUCACUCCACAGCAAGGAGAAUGGACUAGCCAGACAAAUUGGAAGCUUUCAUGUUUUAGGCUUUUGCCUUCUGACGCUUGGCAUAAGAUUUGCUGAAAAACUGCAGUGUGCUCAUAAUAGCAUUUUUUGGACAAAACUGGUUAAUUUUCAUCAUGACUUUUUUAUUCUGUGACCAUUCAGAAAAUAGCAUUUUUAAAAUGUAAUUUGUGGGAUAUCGCUAUGCUACGGUAAUGUAAGAAGGAAAGCUCCAUUUUCAAUCUGAAUGUUUUCCAGAUAAAUGUUGCUUUAUCUUUAUUUAAAAGGUAUUGUCCUUCAUGCUGUAGUAAAUAGUGCCAAUUACUAAUAAUGUAUACAAUAUGUAGCUUCAGCUGGAGGGCUGACAAUCUUCCGUAGAAAUUGCUGCAAUAAUCUAUAAACCUGUAAUAACUUUUUACAGAAGUAUGAAGUAACAAAGAAUCAUGAUCAUAUUAAAGGUGAAAAUCAAACCUU